AGUAGUUUUUUUUAUCAGAAUGUGUGCAAACGCGUGAAUGCAUUUAAAACAUGACUAUUAUCACUGACAUCUGCAGUGAUCUUGAUGAGGUCGUACUACUAAAUAGUUUUUUUGUGAAAAAGAAAAGGCAUAAAGUUUAUCUCAACAAAGGCAUUUUGCUAUGGGAGUUAGAUACUAACCCUUACACUCGCUCAACAGUUUCCGUGCAAGACAUACUAGCUGUUGACUCUUGGCCAAAAGAUGGCGUCUCUUGCUGCUCUCACACGGAGAAACAUACCAGUUUCAAAAUCUCAUACGCCUCUAAAAAAAAGAAAAAUAAAUGGAAGUGUGAGGACAUUAUUUUUCAAAACUCGGACCAAAAUCUUGUUUCAAGAUGGAUCUCCACUUUAAAUUCAUUCAUUGAAGCCUUAACCUCUAGACCGAAGCGUUUGAUGAUGUUCGUAAACCCUUAUGGAGGAAAAAAGCAAGGUGUCUCCAUUUUCAAAAAUGUCGUGAAGCCUCUUUUGGAUGUAGCCAAAAUUGAAGUAGACUUAACCAUCACUCAAAGACCUCACCAUGCCCGUGACACUAUCAAUUCAUCAAGGCUUCAGGAUUUUGACGGCAUCGUGUGCAUCGGUGGCGAUGGAACUUUUUCGGAAGUAAUGAAUGCUGUUCUCUUCCUUGCAGCAAAAGAAAAAGGCGUGAAUAUCAACAAUCUUCACACCAAAAUUCCUGCCUCCCUAGUUAGAAUCGGUGUCAUUCCUGGUGGGAGUACAGAUAGUCUAGCUUAUUCUCUUCAUGGCACUUGUGAUAUCCAAACAGCUGUGAUUCAUAUUAUUACGGGUCAUAGCACUGGUCUUGAUAUUAGCAGCGUGCAUAAUGGUGUAAAUUUUUGCUCAUUUUUUGUAACUGUCAUGGCGUAUGGCUUCCUAGGAGAUGUACUGAAAGAAAGUGAAAGGUUCAGAUGGCUUGGCCCCAAACGAUACGACUUUGCUGGGUUCUUUCAGUUCAUACAAAAUAAGGGUUACGAAGUAGAAAUUACAUUCCUCAAGCAACCAAUACAACCAGCUGCUGAUUCCAAGUGCUUACGAGAUUGUAAACGGUGUCAGUUACCUCAGAGAGACAUGCGAAAACAGAUUGAACUUCAAAAGUGGAUGAAAGUACGUGGGAAGUACUGGAACAUAGCUGCAACAAAUGUAUCAAGUGCAUGCCCUCGCUCACCGAACGGUGUUUCACCGCACUGUCAUCUGGGAGAUGGAUCUAUUGAUCUUGUUUUGGUCAAACAUGGAUCCAUCUUUAACAACCUCAGAAUGUUGUUGACUGUUUCUGGAAAAAAGAAAAGUGUGUAUGACUUACCAUUUGUCGACGUGCAUCGAACAUCUCAGUUAAAACUAGUCACACUGCCUCAAAGGUGUAGAAGUCGUGACGUUAGUAGUUGGAACUGUGACGGAGAAGUGCUAGAAGAACCAGCAGUAUUUAUACAAUCUCACCGACAGGUGCUACAAGUGUUCUAUCGUGGAGCAGAGCAGACUUUAUCCGAAGCCAGGAAGCGACGUUGUUUUUGUUUUUAAAUUGUUUUUCUUUGUCUCGAGAGCGGUAUGAGUUAUCAUGCUUAUAAGUUCAAAAUACUCAUGUGUCAUGUUUAAAAUUUCCAACGACUUAGAAAUUAAGGCUCAAGUAGACAUUUGCCUUAAAAAGCUCUGGAGGCGAAAUGAAUUCACACGAAUAAUUCUCAGCUCUCCGAUGUGUUUGUAUUCUUUUUGAUGGCAAUUGUUUAGUAUUGAAAGGUCCUUUAUGGUUUUACAUCAUUCACACAAUCUUGAAUUCUUUUUUACCGCAUGAAAAACACUGCGGUCAGUCACAACUGCUUAUUAAGAAACCCUUUUUUGUAACUUUCAACAUAAUUUAACAGAAUAAGAUAAAGAAUCACUGGUAACUGAAUCGUCCCCAGGUGCAACCUAUUCAGCAAUGGGUUGAAUCCUAAAUUUACCUAAAUCUGAAUCCAGAUAAUAAAUUUUUACCAUGGACUCUUCUAAUUCAAAUCAUAAUUUUGAAUCCACUGCCAUAUUGAUAACAAAAAUUUAGUAUAUUCAUAUAGUAAACUCCCUAUUAUCCAAGCUAAUCGGGGCUGAGGUGAUGCGAAUAAUCUAAAAGUUUGGAUAGUUCAUAGACUACCAAAACAAAAUAAUAACUAACGAAUCAUAGCUCAUAUCACAGUUACUAUGGUUGAAAGUAGGCAGUAAUUAACCUCAUAAGGCGAGCCAAGAGUUGGAAGGAACUUUUUCCUCUAUGCUCAUCUUUCAAGUCGGACUUUCAUUUCACCUCCAGAGCUCGUUGAUGGUAAAACUACGAAAUCACUUAGCUCUGUUUCCUAUCAUACGUAUUUCAUCCUCAUAUUUACCUUUUUGCAGCAUGACAGAUAAUCUAUAAUGCUUGAAUUUAAUGUGAUUUUUUUUUAUACCUUUUCAAGUACAUUCUCCGAAAAUUUGGCAUAAAAUGUCAAAUAAUAAUACUCUCAUGAAAGAUUGACUAGUUGCAGGUUUUUUGCAACCCUGAAGUAAAGGCGUUUUUGUAGUUUUAUUGUUGACAUCCCAAAGGCAUUUGCAGUAACUAACAAUCAUGAUCUCCUUGAGCUCAUCAAGUACAGAUGGCAUUUAUAAAAAAGAAAUCGAGUGUUUUGACAAUGUCGGUACCUGUUUGCACUGAGUAAUGAGUGACAGGAAUGCUGUUUCUGAAGCAGGCCAAAAAAGUUGCGGUUAGAUGAACGUGCCUAUAUCAUUGCCUUGCUCUCUAGUGAACACCUCCGUGUCGUUUUUACUGCGGGUUGUAUUACAUCCCAACACCACUCAGUCAAUUAUUUUUUUUAGCUGUGAGAAUGGUCAUGAUAUUUAAAAUUGCGGAAAGAUAGUAAAAAAGUUGUAGCCUCUUUGCGUCAGGCAAAUGCCUUGUAGACGGUCGUUAAUAGGUUCUGAAACCGGAAAUACCUAGAAAGUUUCUAUUUUUGUAAUUUUACCGCUGUGCUGUCCAGCAAAUUAAAUAAAUUACUGUAUAUUCAGAAAUCAUUUAGGAGUUGUGAUCUUAUAAUUUCUCAAAGAAAUUAUUCUAUGUUCUAGAAGUUCCUCUAGAAGUUGUGAUGUUUAAUGCCUUUUUUUUCAAUUACAUCACAUUGUUUUUGGCUUGAUUGCUAAUCUUAAAGGACAGCCAAGAGAAGAAAUAUUUUCUGAUUUGUGAAAAGAAUAAUCAUUCCAUAUAAUCGUCUCCCUCGGAAGGAAAGUAUCUCGCCAGCUUCAGUAUUUCUAUGAACAUUUUAUUUUUCCAUGGGAGAAUGACUGUUCAAAUUUUCUGAAAAUUACUGUGUAUUUUCUCACAAGUGUAAAAAAAAAUUCACUGGAAAUUGUCAGCAAAUUCAUUCAACAGCUUUUCGAUGAAGAAAUAAAAUGCCGGUAAGAAAUACUGAAUCAGCGAUCAAGAUACUUUCCUUCAUGGGGGAGGCAACAAUAUGAGCCAUCUCCUUAUUUCUUUUCACUUUUUUUUUUAAAGUCAAUCUUAUUUUUUAAAAAUUUCUGUGAUUUCUCGUGUUGUAUGAAGAUCACUCUGUAAAGCUUUCAACAAGACCACAUGGUGAGUUACCUAAAAAAAUACGUAAACAAGAUUUAGUAAUGGCUAAUAAUGGAAGAUCCAUUUCGGUUUAAUUUGAGCCAAUGUAUCAAAGUGAAUCGAUUAAAAUCGUAUUCAAUUCUGAUUGAAUGAUUAAUUCAAGUUAAUUCCAUGCUUGACUGGGCAAAAGCAUUUGUUUUCAUCCAUUAUUUUAGUGAUUUUUUUAGUAUCUUAGAACAAACGAAGAAAUUUUUGUACUCGCUCGUUGUUUUGUGACUUACCAGGAAAUAAUUGUUUUAUUCUUUAGAUUUAAUUCUACGUGCAAUAACUUUCCAAUGUAAAUAUUAAUAUUGUGCUGGUCACUUCAAUGGCUCUGGUGAUUUACUAAGAUCAUACUCAAAGUACCGCUGUAUUAAUUUCCACUGAAAUGUAUGGGAAUUAAAGAAAAAUCAAGAUUGCUCAAUUUUAAUGAUCAAGUUUUGUACCUUUUUAUAGCAUUUAUUUUAGCUUAAUAAUCAUCGGUGUCUUUGAAAACACUUGAUCAUAUUAUUCAGUUCAACAGUGGUAAAGCCCUGUUAUUGAAUUUCAGUGCUUUACUGUAUCUUUAAGUUGAAUUCCUUUGUGUUUCCUAUCUGUUACCGUCUCCCAAAAGGAAUGGAGAAUAAUGUGCCCAAUUUUUACGUGUAGAAAUGUACACUAUCAAGAAAAAGUUGUAUCAGGAUCAAACGUGUUAUUUUUAUUUUUAUAUUGUAUUACAUAGUGUUACCCACAUGAUAAGAGGGUUUGAAAUCUAUCAUUCUGAGAACAUCAUACUUACCAUGGAAUAAAUUAAUGCUGAAAGUAAGCAUAAUUAAAGGGUUGUCGAAAGGCACGAAUGAGAGGAGGCGAUAGCGUGAAUCCUUUGCAAUGAUCAAAACCAUAGUAGAGCAUAAUAAACCCACAAAAUUUAACUUGAAACCUGUUUAAUUGGCCAAUCCAUUUCAAACGAUAUGUUGGAGAAUAACUUAUUUUAAGCCCCUGUGUGAGUGGUUCUAGAGUGCAAAAAUAAGUAUUACGAUCCCUAUGAUCUCUUUUUAGGCAGGUUAUUUUUUUGUUGUUAAUUUUCGCAGUAAUGCCUCAAAGCUGUCAGAGCUUUCCAGCAGAAAAAUAGUCCUCUAUGGAAACAAAUGAUACAAACUUUCAUAAUGCAUUUAAAUAAUCAUUGAAAAUUUCAUUUUCUGCUUAACUUUUAUUUUUAAAAAUAGUCAAUUUCUGGGGAAGGGUAUUGGUAAAGGUAUUACUUUAAGCUUAUUUCAUUAGAAUUGUUUUAGACUGACAUUACGCAUAUUUGCUUACUAAUUAUUCCCUAUUGGGUCCAAAAAAGAAACGCAGUAAAAGAAUAACAAAUGAAUGCAGUGGCAAUUCUGACAAGUUGGCAAUACUGGUUUUCCUCCGUCUGAAUUUAUGUUAAACAAUCGAUUCUUGGAGAGGUAGCGAUCGCCUCUCCUAAAAUCUAUAUUUUAAAUGGAUCUAAAUUUAGGAAAAACAUUCUUGCCAACUUGCAAAAUUGCCAUUGAAUAAAUGGGGCAGUAGUAAGGAGUUUUUGCAGGAGGGUUGUAGCAUAGUUUUUCUGAAGUUAAAUUUCCAUACUUUCUGUUCACUCUGUACUUUCAGAAAAUGAAUUUUAAAAAAAACGGAUGCCACUGACUUAGCUCAAUUAAAUUCUUACUCAGCUAUAAUUAUGACCAUCAGGUACUGAAAGAGUGAGCAAGAAUAUCAUGUGAAGAAAACAAUAGAAUCACGUUUCUCUAACUACUCCGUUUCCACGAAUAUCACAUUAGAAAUUUUUUAUACUCGAGUGUAGUUUUAAGCUCUAGAGUGCGAUAUGUAAUUGCAAUUUUUCUUUUCCGAAGGCUUGAAAUGUAUCUUAAUGUCAGCUGUAUUCAUAAAUUUUAGGUUUUAUCGAAUAAUACUCUCAAGUCUAAGUAUUUUAAUGUUUAAUUUGUUUCUUUGCAUUUUAUUUUUUUAGGGGGGACUUAUUAAUUUUGUGAGUGGGUUUAAAAAUGCUUUUAAUGGAAGAAACUUUUUUCAGAAUAAGUUUUGCAUGACACUUAUGAGUCGUGAUUCAUGAAAUGAUAAGACUGUUGCGAGUGUUUCAAUUUUCAGUGUGUUUCAAGAAAUUUCAAAUACUGUGUUGCCUAAUAAGAUCGCAUGAAUCAUAAAAUGGACAGCGUUAAACAAAAAGGAACCAAGCCACAUCAGCUAUUGCCAACUUUAAUUUGGCAAUUUAAUGGUUUACAUGAAAACGGUUGUGCGGAUUUUUGUGCAAAUUUCAGUGGAUUUUCUCCAUAGGUCGAAGCAAAUUUCUCAACGUUCUCAAAGAAAUCUACACAAACGUUCUUUUGUAAAAAAUGCAAUUGCCUUGUUAAAGUUUGCAAUAGCUGAUGUGACUUGGUUCCUUUCUGUUAAACACGGUCCAAAUAUUUAUUAGAAUGUUCAAGAUGUAGAAAAGUACAGCACAACUUUAGUCUCAGAUGCAGCUCUUGUAAAUGAAUAAUCAGUAUUAUGAUGUCACUGCAUAAAGUAUAUGCAAUGUUUUAUGAUCAACAUGAAAUCAUGCGGAGAUUUUUCCCAUUAAAGUCAGAACUCUCUCUGCUAUUGUUUUAGUUUUUGAAAGAAAGCCAAGCUUCCUUGACAAAUCACGAAUUUUUGGAGAAAUUUGUAAAGUUUUUCUUCCAAAUUUUCAGAGAAUUUUCUUCUUAAUUUGAUCUGAAGGAACUGCAAAUUUUAAUGAAAUGAAUUCAAAUUUUUUCUCACAAAUCUUUUCUAAGACUGAAUUUGACAGCAUUUGAAUGUUCACACAGCGAUUUUUAUUCGCACGUUUAAACAGUCUCAUUGUUUUUCAUUCGCUCUCCCUUAGGUGUCUGUAGCAAAGCUAUUUGUAACGCGCACAUCAAGCUGUUCAAGCUAAGCCAUGUGGCCUUUAACACUAAAGUUUUUCCUCAACUGUGUAUUUUACUUUAAAUCUGUGUCAUUGUGAUAUUCCCCGUCCCAUUCUUUUGUAACCAAUAGCCUCUAGCUGUGAAUUGGACUACAUUUUGCAAUUAGAAACUACGAUUACUGGCUCGAUUUAGAGCUCGUGCAUAUACCAUUAUUUUCUCUAUGCACAUAAGUGUUUCUACGGAUAAGCCAAAAAUUGUAAUUCCUAGUUGCAAAAUGUUGUCUAAUUGAGAUUUGAACACAGAAACAUUCCCCAGUACUGCGGACCUCUGUGGUUUGACAAUAUGAAUUUAUUUAACAUUUCACCAGUGCAUUCCAAACUUUAAUAAUUUGAUUCAAAAUGCUUGUUUGUUUCUUCACUUAACAAGAACAAAACGAAGAAAAUACAAAGAGAGAAGUUUCUUAACUCUCAAUAACGAGGCAAGAAACGAAAUACCCUCAACUCUAGAAACGUUUUGAUACCUUGCUUGCUGUUACAUUGUUUUGUACAUUCGUUUUUAAGUUUGUACACAAAUUCACAAAUAUAUUUUUCAAAAAUCA